AUGUUAUUCAAACACUUCAUUCAACUAUUUCUUCUAUUUUCCAAAUUUUCUCUGCUCAACAGUCAGCUUUGUCCAUCAUCGGAUGCACCAAAAGAUCUCGCUGCCGUAUCGGUUUGGUUAAAAGAUGGAAAUGGGACUGGAGAUGGGACUGGAGAUGUUUAUCGAAUCUCGGAUGAAGAUCUCACGGAUAAAGGAUAUGUGAGAAGCCCAAAAGAUCGUGACAAUUUCGUCGUAUUAAUGGCGCGAAGUGCGGGCGGUUGUGUGAAUGGAUGUUCGGCGAAGAUCGGCACCAAUCAACGCGACGACGGGCAAAUCAAUCAUUUGGAGAACAUUUUAGGAGCACCGUAUGGAUUUACGGAUCUUCACGAUAAUCUCUUCUGCGGGCGAACCCUGGGCGCAUGCGGGGCCGAUGUGCCAAUUUUCAAAUAUUUCCAAGGAAACGGAAAAGAUACAACCUUCGCCUACUCGUUGGAUCCGUCAGCUCGUUUCCCGGGGAUGACCCGAGAUUUAACGUUCUCUUGUUUCGGCUGGUCCGACGGCGGAAGUGUCGUUCAUCCAGCGGGCACCGAGCAAAAUUGCAUGAAACUUCUGGACGUUGAGCACGGAAAGGUCCACUACUCGACGCCGGGCUCGGGCGCGUUCUCUCUCGGCACCGCUGCGCACACGAUUUGUGACUCUGGCUUUUCGGCUACAGGACAAACACAAGUCCUUUGCACGAAGAAAGGCUGGUUCCCGGCGUCACUCGGCGGAUGUGUGCAGCAAAGCGCUAAGCCUCGGGGUAUCUCUUUGUUGAAUGUGGCUGCAGCAGAUGGACCAAGCAUCACACACGGCUCUUCUGAGUGUGCUGCAAUCGGAAAAGUCUCGCAUGGAUCAUUGCUCUACUCGGCAAUGGCAAAGGAUGCUCGAUACCCAAAUCUCAGCACCGUCACUCUGUUCUGCGAUCUCGCUUACGUGGCUGUUGGAGAGGUCACGUCAACUUGUAAACUUGGUCUCUGGAGUCCGCCAAUCGGCGAGUGUGUCUCCUCGUUGGAGAUUCAUUGUCAACCAAUGCUUGUGCCGUUGAAUGGCCGAAUCUCUUACUCAUCAUCGAAUGGUUCAAAGCCGUUGACUGAAGGAGCUUCUGCUUCACUCGCUUGUGAUCAAGGGUACAUUGUUCGUGGAGUUCAAAAUGUGAGCUGCCAUUUCCGGCAAUGGUCAAAUCUGAUCGGGAGUUGUGAAAAGGCCUCUAUUUUAGCUAAACCCCAACGACACGGAAAUCCCAUUGACCGUGGUAAAGAGACAGGCUUUGGCAAUCAACUUUCCGCGAAUCUCAACUGCAAUCUUGGUUUCGUUAUCCAGGGAGCCGGCGCGAGCUUCUGCCAGAAUGGAGCCUGGAUUCCGGAAUUGGGUAGCUGCGUCUCCGGCACGUCGAUAUUUGGAGUGAAUUCGGGGAAUGCUGGGGGUCAAUGCAUGGAUAUUCAACUAAUCACCGCCGUUGGAACGGUCAAUUACUCGAGUUCAGCUGCCAAUCAGCGCCCAUCCCUCUCCACAGCUUCAUUGAGUUGUCCAAGCGGUUUCUCGGCUCAAGGAGCACUAACAGCCACUUGCAACAAUGGAGUCUGGAUACCGACGACUUUAGGUGCGUGCAUCUCAUCAACGCUCGUCACCGCGUCUGUCACUUCGACAGUUUGCCCGAAUUUGGCUCUACUAAACGGCAAUCUCACCUACAGUACCCCGAAUCUAGACUCCACGAAACCGAUCGGCUCUCAAGUCUAUCUAUCCUGCAUUCAAGGGACAAACCCGGUUGGACCGACGCAAUCGAUUUGUCAAAAUGGUGGCUGGAGCCCGGCGCUAGGGAGCUGCCAGGGCUCUCCCAGCUUUACGAUAAGUCCCUCUUUGUGUCCCAGCCUUUUACCGCCACUUUUCGGCACGCUAAACUACAGCCAGCCGGGUCAAUUCGGCGCCUAUCCAACGGGCACAUCGGUUAGUCUGAAUUGCUCGACUGGAUCGGUUAUCGGUACUUCCCAAAGCGAGUGUUUGAAUGGCGGAUGGCAACCGGCCGGGUUCGGCUCGUGUCCGCUCACGACGAUCAACAAAGAUGCAAUAGGCGGCCAAUGCACGGCGAUCACCAGUGCGACGGGAGGUACCGUAAACUAUUCGAACGGUCCAUUCGGCCCGUUCAACUCGGGCACCACCGCUAAUAUCACAUGUUUCUCCGGUUUCGUGCAAGGCUCUCAAUUCACCACUUGUACAAAUGGCCAAUGGAGUCCGCAGCUCGGCUUUUGCUCGUCUACGAGUAACCCCGGUGGUAGUGGUACCACGUGUCCUUUUGCACCGUUGAUCCCGAUGGGCGCCAAUCCGAUCUACUCGACUGGGAGCUCCGCUGGACCGUUUUAUAAUGGUGCCUCUGUGACGAUCACUUGUCCGAUGGGACAAUCGGUGAGCGGCUCAGCGAUAACGACUUGCACGAACGGCCAAUGGAGUUACUUGGGCACCUGUUCGACGAGUGGCACUGGAGUUGGUCAAUGUCCCUUCGCUCCACUCGCUCCUUUCAAUGGAAAUCUGAGCUAUCCCUCCUCAUCUUCGUCUCCUCCAUUCUCAUCCGGAUCCACGAUCAAUCUCCAAUGCUCAUCAUCGACUCGUGUCCUUGGAUCCAGCACCACAACGUGUCAAGCUGAAUCCCCUCAACGACGAGCUCCAGUCUCAUCAUGUCUCUCAAUGGCCAGUCCUCCGUCGUCGAAGAUCAAAUACUAUACAAAUUCCACGGGUUUUUAUUCAAAUGGUACCGUAGCCGAAUUGGAGUGCGAAUUGGGGUGGACGCCGGCGGGGGAUCGUUUAGCGACGUGUCUCAAUGGACAUUGGGUACCCGAGCGGAUGGGCGUAUGUAUACCGAGAAAUGUCGAGAAAAUCGUCGAAAAAUUGUGCUCAUUCCCGGUGCCACCGGUGCUGAAUGGGGAAAUCGGCUACUCGCAGAAAGAGGCUUUUGGCGGUUUCAUCUCGGGCACCCGGGCCAGCCUCAAGUGCAGUCACGGUUUUGAGGCAAAAGGUGAGCCAUCAACACUAUGUAUAAACGGUGAUUGGACACCCAAACUUGGCGAUUGCAUCUCGCCGAUUAACGCGACUUCGAAUCGAAUUCAAUCAGAUGCCGGGGAAAUUGAUCGAUCUGGAGAAGAGCUUGAAGAAUCAACGACAAAAAUCACCGAGUCUUGUUCUCCGCCGUAUUCGCCCGGAUUUGGAGAAGUUACUUAUAUCCAAUCAAGUCGAUCGGCCGAAUACGAGGAGGGCACAACGGCGUUGCUGUAUUGUGAUAUCGGUUAUCUCGUCGCCGGUCAGCCCUCGCUUGUUUGCUCGUCGGACGGUUGGCGGCCACUCGCCGGCUUUGGCACUUGUCAAAGGCCUUAUUCA